AUGGUGGAAGCAGAUAGACCUGCGAAGCUGUUUAUAGGAGGCCUCAAUAUCGAGACUAACGAAAAGACUCUUGAAGCAGUAUUUGGGAAAUAUGGUCACAUAGUGGAAGUUCUUUUGAUGAAGGAUCGAGAAACAAACAAGUCCAGAGGCUUUGCUUUUAUUACAUUUGAGAGCCCAGCUGAUGCUAAAGAUGCUGCCAAGGAUAUGAAUGGGAAGUCUUUGGAUGAAAAAGCAAUUAAAGUGGAGCAAGCCAACAAACCAUCUUUUGAAAGUGGUGGAAGAUGGAAGCCACCACCUCAUCCAAGACACAGAGGCCAUCCAAGAAGUGUGAGAUGUGGAAGAGGAGGAAGUGGAGGAGCAAGGGGGCAUUCCUCACAUGGAGGACACUUGGAUGAUGGAGAAUAUACUCUUACCCUCAACAUGAGUUCUUCCAGGGGGCCCUUUCCAGUUAAAAGAGGCCCAUCUUCCAGAAGUGGAAGUCCUCCUCCUAAAAGAUCUGCUCCUUCUGCUCCCGGGCAUAGCAAUAAAGGGAUUGGAGGAAGAGGGCCACCAUCAGGUGGGAGAGAAAAUUAUAGAGGUCCUUCGCACAAAGAGCCAGUGUCUUCCCAGAGAGAUGACUAUAUUUCACCAAGAGAUGAUGGUUACAAUACCAAAGACAGUUAUUUGAGCAGAGAUUACCCAAGUUCCCAAGACACCAAGGAUUAUGUUCCACCAUCUAGAGACUAUGCAUACCGUGACUAUGGCCAUUUGAGUUCUCGGGAUGAACAGUACUCUAGAGGAUAUAGUGAUCGUGAUGGCUAUGGUGGUGGUUGUGAUAGAGAUUAUUCUGAACAUUCAAGUGGAGGCUCUUACAGAGAAUCAUAUGAGAGUUAUGGUAGCUCCCGUGGUGCACAGCUAGCACGUGGGCCCCCUCUGAGUUAUGAUGGAAGCAGUCGCUAUGAUGAUUAUAGCAGUACACGUGAUGGAUAUGGUGGAGGUCGGGAAAGUUACUCAAGCAGCCGGAGUGAUCUCUACAUAAGUCGUGAGCAUGGUGGCAGACAAGAACGAGGGUUUCCACCCUCUAUGGAUAGGCCGUACCCUUCUCGUGGAUCAUAUUGUAGCUCAAGUUGUGGGGCUUCCGGAGGAGGUCGUGGGGGAAACCGAUCUGAAAGAGGAGGCCAUAGCAGAUAUUAAAAAUAAGUUCUGUACCAAUUU